AUGUCCGAGAUCAAGCAGCAAGAGAAUGGCUACCAGGGCGGUGCUCAGCCCAUACGUGCGCUCACGCCCGGUGGACACCCUCAGGACACGUCGCAGCCCGCUUUCCCGAUCUACCACCGAAGAUUUGCCAACCCGGCGCCUCUGGGCCUGUUUGGCUUUGCGGCUACCACGUUUGUGCUCUCGAUGUUCAAUAUCAAGGCUCGUGGCGUCACGGUGCCCAAUGUGGUGGUCGGAUUGGCGAUCGGCUACGGCGGACUCGCGCAGUUCCUCGCCGGUAUGUGGGAGUUUGCUGCCGGUAACACAUUCGGCGCUACCGCGUUCUCGUCGUACGGCGCAUUCUGGUGGUCGUAUGCCAUCAUUCAGAUCCCCUGGUUUGGUGUGGUCGAGGGAAACUACAACCCUAGCGGAACGCCCGAGUCGCAACUCGCAAAUGCGCUCGGCAUCUACCUGGCUGCCUGGUUCAUCUUUACGUUCAUCAUGCUUGUCGCCAGUUUCAGGUCGUCAGUUGGCUUGGUAGCACUGUUCUUCUUCCUCGACAUUACGUUUAUGCUCCUGUUUAUCGCCGAGUUCACUGGAAUCUCGGCAGUUCAGACAGCUGGCGGCGCAUUUGGUAUCAUCACCGCUGCCAUCGCUUGGUACGUCGGUGCGGCCGGCCUGCUCACCCCCGACACGAGCUACUUUACGCUUCCCGUCGUCGAACUUUCGCGCAGAGACUAG